AUGACGGACCUUUUCGCCGUGGACCUCUUCAGGCGGCUCUGGUUGGAAACAGAUAUGUCUACUUCACCCAGUGAUCAUGAUCACGGCAAAGGGGGUACAGAUUCAGCAGCAACGGUAGGAAAGUCAACGGGUCCUAGCUAUGUAUAUUACCAUCUAUACACCAAACUUGGUGCAUUUGAAUCAACUCAACCCCUCUACCACAACGACCGCUUCAUUGGCCGCAUUCCGUCAAAAUCUGUUACCCCUCCUCGUACAGUGGCGUCUCUCAAGCGGUGUCUGUGCAAACUUGAGGGCCUCUCAGAGCCCGACAAGGCGCUUGUCUUCACACCGCUCUCAAGCCCAGCACCCAAAGAAGACUCUGCCCGCCUCUCUUUCCACGCUCCUUCUGGGCCAGGGCUGUCCGAACAAGAUCCGAUCGCGUUGGUUGUCGAGUCGGAGAAGAGGAUCGAGGAGAUCACACAGUCGGACAAGCUGCCGGAACGCUCUGAUGAUACUGAUAUCCACUACGAGGGAGAUGAAAAGGCAAAGACGUCCUUUGACGAAACUGACAGCUCGUUAGGGCGCAUUAACAGCCUCUCCGUCGCUCCCCCUCACAACGCUGGGUCUUUGAAAGCAUGCAUCGCGAAAUUUGAAGGCCUGGUCAAUGCACUCUAUAUGGAACUCUUCCAAGACGUGGAUAGUGACGCUGCCAUGGGCGACACCGAUGUUAUAUCCUUCCAAGGUGACACUUAUCCAGGUAGCAAUCAAGGCAAUCCCGUAGCUGCAAUCGCAGCAUUCACGAAGCGCGCUCGGUUACUUUUUACUUGCAAGUUUUGUCUAGGAUACAUGGUGAUUAAUCCAAGGAUGAAAAAGGCUUUGUGCCAGAGGGACUUAGGCUCAGAAGGGGUCGAUAUCUGUCAAUAUGUAAACGAAGAACAAAUCAUGAAAAACGAAGCAGACAUGCAAUUGCCGAUUGUCAAAGCUUUCAAAAGAGAUUCAAGUGAACCGAUACAUAAGUACCUCCCACCGAGGCCCAAAAUCAACCAUUCUCAAGGUCAACACUACCUCCUGCUCCUCCUUGCCAACGAACUCCACAUCCAAGCCCCAGUCAACCUCCUCACAAGCACCUUCAACACAACAGGGCACACGCCAUUGCCAACUAGGACGAGGAAGCCGGAGUUCUACAGCAUACAAAAGGCAAUGAGGUCGACGAACUUGUGGUGGUUGAGAUCAAGAAAUUUUUGGCGAAAACUCGUAUCACGGGAAGUAUUUGUGAGUGUCGCAUUGUAUUUCCACCUGACUGGUGGAACUGACAUCCUCAGACAAGAACGUUCAAAGAAGGCAACGCCUCAUGCUGCCGACUCCAUCUUUGGCGGCUCUUUAGCCUACGUCGCCACUGCCCCAUCACGCCCAACUCAACGAACACUCUCCCUCAACGCAUAUCUCGUGUUUUCGAUCGGAACAAUGCAUUUCCAUGACAGUGACCACCAAGGAGUUAACCCCACCCCACGGAAUGAACCUGCUCCAUCGCACUGGGCUGGUCCAACCUCAGCCUGUUCUUCCACUCUGCUGGACUGCUCUUCGCCGUCUAGAGAUGCAUUCGGCCCGACAUUCACCCUCGUCGAAGAUUCGUUGUCCACGAUAUCUGCUCGUGGACAUCGAACAAGACGAGAGUUUGCACCCAUCUUUCAUCCAACUUCAUCUCGGAAGGUGGGCGAAUGUCGGCGAACCAAGGGGCCCAAGCUGAUCCACCGUGCAAUUCGACACUUGACACGCGGAGCCAAAAAUGCCGUGAACUGCUACCAGAAAGACUGUCAACCGAGGCUCCUGCAUCCAGCAUGCACAUCCCGCACCUUCAUCUCCAGAAAAUUCUUGAAAGAUGUUCGUUGGUGUACGAACUCAGGGAAGAUGCGGGGUGCUGUAAAGUACUUAGCACUAGGCGCCUUCGGCGCCAGCAGAUUUCAUCCCCUUGUCGUGAACUUUACCAAAACACCCGUUCACCUCGUGGGAUGGGGGUCUCUUGGCCUCUGGGCACUCUCCUUUCCUUCCUUCCCUCAUCCUGAAUCUCUCCACCUUCGGCAUUUCAACAUGAUCGGAGCAAGUGUUCUUGCCAGUGCUCACCACUUUGUUGCUAGUAAUGGUGUUGCACAAUCCUUGCGCAGCGACAGCGACACAGAUAACCGGCGGGUCGGACUUUUCAAGGACGACGAUGGGCCAUUCAAUGACGGUAACGACGCGCCGGAUGGAAACCUGUUUCUUCCGAGGGGGUGUUUUUGCAAAUUGGGUCACACAGCUCCUCACAGCUCCUUUGAGGUCAGCGAAGGCACGUACGACAACGUUCGCUCAGGUUCGCCCUUGUUUGCCCUUGUUCUAGUCUUCACCAAGCUUCACCAGGCUUCACCACCGCAACCGCAGGAGAAAGUAAAGAUCAUCAAGGUCUUCUUGUUCACUGUGCCAAACGACGAGCACGAAGUAUCCGAGGCUAUGAGAAAUAUCCCGUUUGAACAUGCACAUGACCCGGCACCUUAUUGCCGAGAGGGCGCUGCGCAUGGUUUGGGCGCGAGACCUCAAAAUCAUUCGCCGGAUGCGUGUGUUCUCGAUGACAAGUUGCCGUAUUGUCAAGCAUCAUCACUUGAACCAAAAAGGGGGAUCUUGAAGAAGGCUUGUGGAUCCUUGUGGACAUCCAAAGUUGAGAUUGGACCUCGUCUAUUAGACACCUCGGAGCGAGAGCAAAAUGACAUGAACAAGAUCUUUAGCAAAUCUUUAGAGUUUGAAAACCGAAGGAGAAAGAGCUGGCAUAGGCUAGCAUUCGAUGCGAGUCCCCAGGAGGCAAUAGAGCGCAGGAUCCCCUAG